CUUUUUAAUAGUUGCAACUGAAGCACGCACGUCUCGGAGAAUCAGGACUAUCAUAGUGACCUUUUAUUACACUAUCAUUAUUAUUAUUAAGAAUAUAAAAGCUGAAUACACUUACUUAACAAUGAAUAGAUAACUAUGCAAUAUGAAACUGAAAAGUGAUUUCUAAUUAUGUUAAAUAAUCACAAUGUAUUAAAUUAUUGGAUAUAUUAAAUCAGACGACAAUCCACUCUAUUCAUCAUCAUCAUUUACAGAGAAUAAAGAAAGUUACUGAAUGUAUUAAGAUAAAAAAAGAGACAAAAGCACAAUAAUGUUGCAUAAAUUUUCAUUGAAUUUAUCAAUGAAAACAUUUCAUUUACUUGCAUCACUUAUUAUAUUUUAUACAUUUUUAUCAUAUACAAAUGGUAUUGGUUUUCGUGGUAACACUGAUACACAUAAUAUAUUCUCAGAUAUUGAAGGUGAUGCACCGAAUUCAUCAAUAUGUCGUGGUAUGUUUAGUAAUAAUACAGAAUCAGAAAUGAGAUGUUCAAUUGCCAGAUACUUUCCUGGAUGUCAAUUUGAUUCAGGAUUUUUACAAUAUUUAGUAUUUCAAUAUUGUACUUUUAAUGAUCGUAUUGUACCAACAAUAUUUAUGGUAUUUUGGCUCAUUUUAUUGUUAGGAGCAUUUGCUACAAUAUCUGAUUCGUUCUUCAGUACUUCUUUGAUUGCUUUGGCUCGAACUCUCAGGAUGAGUCAAAAUUUAGCCGGAGUUACACUCUUAGCGUUUGGUAAUGGUGCUCCAGAUGUCUUCAGUGCAGUUACAGCAAUUACAACUGGAGAUCCAGAUGCACCAGAUGAAGGACUUGGAUUAGGCUUUUUAUUAGGCUCUGGUUUGCUGGUGAAUACAGUCACGGCUGGUUUAGUCAUCUUUCUAAAGCCAUUUAAAAUGAGUCGUCGACCAUUUCUAAAAGAUACACUUUUUUAUAUGGUUGCUGUCAGUUGGGCUGCAUCAAUUCUUAUACGUCGACAAAUUUAUAUUACAGAUGCUAUUGGAUUUUUAAUCUUAUAUUUAUGCUAUGUAUUUACAACAUGGGCUAGUAGUACAUAUAUGCGACGUCAACGAUCCCAUGGAACUAAAAGUAUCCUGCCUUUAUGUUUACAACGACUACUUGCAAAACCGCUGAAUUAUUUAAAUCGUAAUUGGGAUAAAUUUAUGCAAACAUGUAAACAACAUUGUCCAAAAUUUUCAGCUAUUAAAAAAUUACGUAAUAAAGUGCAUUUCAAUCAAUUUAAAUUAUCCACUAAAGCGAAUAAUAAUAAUAACAAUAAAAAUCAUAUAAUUACAGAAGAUGGUGUCAAGAUUUCGGAUCGAAAAUCACCUGAAAGGACAAUUCAGUCACCAAUUCUUAAAGUUAACGGAACAGUUGGAACACCUAUAGAUAAAUUAAAAUCAAUCAAUCCAAAUAUUCAUGUCAGUGAUAAACGAAUGAAUAAACGACAUAUGAUAAAAACACCAAAAAUUGAAAUCACUUCACCAAGUGAUGAAGAUAAAACUAAUUCAUAUAUAGACAAUGAUUAUAAUACUAAAGAUUUUGACAAUUAUGAUGAUGCCAGGGGCGUUGGCCAUGAAGGUAUAAAGAACACUGAAAGUCCACAUUUUUCACCUAGAUUAUCAGAUUUCAGUGUUGGCUUUUUAACUCCAAUGGAUGGUGUAAAAAAACGCGCCUCUUCAAUGACAUCAACUGAACCAAUUACAGAUAGUAGACGUUUAUCAACUGAACAUUCUGGUUUAGGACGUGGACGUUGUCGAAGAACACAGUCAGUGAUUAGACGAAGACCAAGUACACGAAUGAGUGCUGCAGGUUAUGAAUUAUCAUAUAUGGUACGAUGGAUUAUAGCCAAUCGUGAAUUAGAAGAGAAAGUUUUAGGUUCACGAGAUGGAGAUACGAGAAGAUCACAGAAGUCUUCUCAAUAUGAUCAAGAUGAAUCGCAAAAUGAUCAAUCUACACAAAGGGAUUUAUUCAGUCGUAAGGGAUCACGUCCUGGAUCGAAUUUAACUAAUGCAGGUCAUUUACCAUCACCUACCUUAUCCGAUUUUUCCGUGGAUGAUGACACUAUGCCGAAAUCUUCUGUUUCAUUGAAAAGAAUCAAAUUAAAUUUUCAACCAAGUGAUUUAGAAACAGGUAAACAAUUUGCUACGACUGGUGAUAACAUUGUCGAUAAGUUCGGUCAUCAAGAAGGCGGUUUUCAAGACUAUGAGAAUGAAAAUGAAAUAAGAAAAUUGGAAAGUGGAGAGGAAGAAGACGAAGACUUGACAGAUGAAGAGGAAGAAGAGGAAGUGAAAGAUGAGUGUUCAUGGCUAGAGAAAUGGGCUAUGCAAGGUGUAUGGCAUCAUUUCGCCUACUACAUGAUACCAAUCGACGUUGAAUCAUGGCAUCAGCAAUCGAUAUUUAGUCGAUUUCUACAAAUUUUACAAACACCAAUAUUUAUUAUCUUUCGAUUGACAAUACCAACUGUUUUAGAAGAAUUAGCUGAUGAAUCUGAACAAGAUGUCUACGCACAACAACCGGUUGAUGCUAAUCAACAGAUCAGUGAAACUACACGAGAAAUUGUAACAGUUUUAGAAGGUAAAGAGUUAACUUUUUCAACAAAUCCUCCUGAAUCAAAUCAUGAAUCAGAAUUUGAUGUGAACAAACAGACAGAAACAGUUGAAGUUAAUUUAGAAUUUAUGCAUGGAUGGUGUAAACCGUUAAAUGUUUUCCAAUGUCUUCUGGUGCCAACUUUAUGGCCGAUGCUUUUAACAGCUAACGGCAAGUGUAUUGGAUUAUUACCAAUUGGACAAUCGCCUGUUCCAGUAUUCUGUCCAUUUCUCAUAGGUGGAUUUAUAAUUGCUUUAGUUGUAUUUUUCACUUCAAAAUGGAAUCAACCCCCGAAACUUUAUCAUAGACCAUUUUUUGCUACACUUGGUUUUGUUACAUCAAUUAUUUGGAUAUAUGCAUUAGCUCAUGAAUUAGUUAAUUCAUUGGAAACUCUGGGUAUUGUAUGGGAGAUAAGUGAAGCUAUUCUAGGCUUAAGUGUUAUGGCAUUAGCCAGUUCAAUUGGAGAUAUAAUGGCUAAUUGUUUAUUGGCUCGUAAUGGUUAUCCAAGAAUUGCGUAUGCAGCUUGUCUUGGUUCACCAUUGUUUAAUUUAUUACUUGGUGCUGGUCUUUCAUAUACAAUUAAAAUUAGUAGAGCUGGUGUUGGACAUGCAAAUUUAUCAUUUACAUUAACUCAAGCACUAUUAUUCUCCUGUCUAUUAGUCGUACUUACAUUAAAUAUUCUUACAGCAUUAAUAGGCAAAUUUAAAUUUCGUCGUUAUUAUGGUAUAGUAUUAAUUAUUGUUUACUUAAUAUUUGUAACAACUGCUAUUCUAAUUGAAGUUGAUGUUAUUGUAUCACCAGUGAAUUGGCAUUUAGCUACUGGUACAGAAUAAAUGAAAAAAUCAGUGAAUAUAUUAUUAUACUACUAUUAGUUUUAUCAGUAAUAUGCAUUAUAUACACUAAAAUUUCUAUUAAUUAGAAAGCCUACAUAUCACAUAUAUAUAUAUAUAUAUAUAUAU